AUGGGGCUGGACAAGGUGGCAGCUCAGCCCCACACGCUGCCAGCGUGGGCACCCAUGGGCAGGGUGCUGGGCAGGGUGACACCCAGACAGCAUCACGAGAGUCGUGGGAAAGCAAAGCCCCCAGCCUUGGCCGUCUCCAUGCCAGUGGUGCCCACGCUCACCGUGAUGUGUGAUGAGCCCUGCCGUGCGAGGCAGGACGAGGGCAUCGUCUCGCUCAUCUCCCUGGCUGUGCUCUCUUAUGAACGGUACUGCACCAUGACGGGAAUGACGGAGGCUGAUACCACAAACUACAGGAAGAUAUGGACAGGCAUCGUCCUGUCCUGGACGUACUCCUUGGCCUGGACUGCACCCCCCCUUUUCGGCUGGAGCAGUUACGGGCCAGAAGGACCAGGGACAACGUGCUCCGUGAACUGGCAUUCGAAGGACAUUAACAACACGUCCUACAUCAUAUGUCUUUUCAUCUUUUGCCUUGUAAUCCCUUUUGUCGUUAUUGUUUAUUCGUAUGGGAAACUGCUGUGCGCAAUAAGGCAGGUGAGUGGCAUCAAUAAAGGGAUGGGUCGGAGCCGGGAGCAGCGCGUCCUGAUCAUGGUGGUGGUGAUGGUAAUUUGCUUUCUCCUUUGCUGGCUGCCAUACGCGACUGUGGCACUGAUAGCUACGUUUGGGAAACCCGGUCUCAUCACCCCUGCAGCCAGCAUCAUCCCGUCCAUCCUUGCCAAAAGCAGCACAGUCUACAACCCCAUCAUCUACAUAUUUCUGAACAAACAGUUUUACAGGUGCUUUUUGGCGCUUCUGAGAUGCAACAAAGCAACCGUGAAUUCCAGCAACAAGUCCUCCUCCCGGUCCUGCCGUGCGCUGCAGCGGGCACAGGGCGACACCGGUGCUGCGGCGGCUGCCUCGGCCGGGCAGCCCUCGGCCGACAGCCCGCACCCGCCUCCGCGAGACACCCCACCAGCUCCAAGAGCCGUGCUGGUGGCUCACCACAGCGCUUGA